GAUUCAAAGUGAGGUCAUGGAUGAGAAAUUGCAUCUAACAAGCCUCUUCCCUGGCAAAUUUUCUGCACAUCUCCAGCUGGAAGUGGGGGUGCCGAAACAAAAACAAUAAGAUGUCCGAUCUCGUGAAAACAAAGCAUGAAGUGUCAUUCAACAUUGAAUUCAAGUCAUGCGAGAUACCAAAGCUUCCACCUAUCAAAUUAAGGUCUACUACAGUCGUCUUUGAUGAGCAGUGGAAAGAUGAAAGAGACAUGCUUCUCAAAGAAAAGCAGGAGAAGGCAGAAGCCAGGCGUAAAAAAGUAAUACAGAAGAAGAUAAUGGCAGCCCAGAGACCUAAGACAGCUAGGAUUAAGAGCGCAGAGGGCGUCAUCCUAGAGGAUUAAAAAAUCGUUCUUUCCAAAUGAAAAAAAAAGACUUUAUUGAAAUUAACAUCCAUAUUAUUAUUUUUCUAUUUAACAAACUUUCGAAAACAAAAUGGGAAUAACGUUAACAGAGCUAUUUGCUUCAAAAAGUUGGUUUGCUUUUAUUUUCCAUAUCUCUCUUUGAGAUUGAACACGCUGAUGACAAAAUUAACUCAGUCAGAAAUUUUCUACGGUUCUUCAUCUCAAUUAGUGAGCUAAAAAAAAGCUA